AGAAACUUGUUCUCCAAGAAAAAUGGCUUCUUCUAUUCUCUUUGUCACUCUCUUAGUCUCCUUGUCUCCGAUCUUUCUUCAGCAGGUUCUCGCUCAAGUCCCAGGCACUACAGCUACAUGCUCCUCAAUGCUUCUUUCGUUGGCUCCAUGUGGUCCAUUCGUGCAAGGCUUUGUCCAGCUUCCGGCUCAGCCUUGUUGUGACGGCUUAAACCAGAUCUAUAGCCAACAACCAACUUGUCUCUGUCUCUUCCUCAACAAUACUUCUACUUUGUCCCCUGCUUUUCCAAUCAACCAAACUCUUGCUCUACAGUUGCCUCCGCUUUGCAACAUUCCAGCCAAUUCGUCGUCUUGCACUUCACCUGGAGGAGAGGCGCCUAGUGAUUCAUCCUCAGUUGCUCCACCACCUUCUAGCUCAACCGGUUCUCAAGUAUCUCCAGGUGCAAAGAACAACUCUGCGACCCCAGUGGCUCAACUGGCACCAAGACCCACCAGCUUAAUGGGGCUAGGUUAUGAUCUGAGAUCCUCUGGCUCCAAGUCUAAGAUUCAGCUAUUCAUCCUCGCACUCGCACCGAUCCUACCAGGAACUCUCCUCAUCUGAAUCUGUCUUGCAUAUUAGCUACAAUCACCUGUUUUGGGGUUUCUCUAUUAAUCAAGAUCAUCUUUCUUCUGUAUGUUACUUAACGUUUGCAGUUAUUGAAAUGAAAUCAGAAAACAGAAGAAUGAA